UCAGCCUGGUGGUGGGCACGGUGGGCGCCGCCGAAGAGCUGGAGUCGGGGGAUCCCGGAAAGCUGUUGGUCUUGACAGCAGCCACAGAGGAGACGGAAGGGUACCAACGCUUCCUACGGACAGCCAAAUACUUCAACUACACUGUUAAGACCCUCGGCCUAGGGGAAGACUGGAGAGGAGGGGAUGUUGCGCGGACGGUCGGCGGAGGACAGAAGGUCCGCUGGCUGAAAACAGAAAUGACGAAGUAUGCCAACGAGGAAGAUCUGAUAGUCAUGUUUGUGGACAGCUAUGACGUGAUCCUGGCUGGCAGCCCCACUGAACUCCUGCAGAAGUUCUGGCAAUUCAAGAGCAACCUAGUCUUCUCUGCGGAAAGCUUCUGCUGGCCGGAGUGGUCGCUGGCGGAAAAGUACCCACCGGUAGCUGUGGGAAACCGGUUUCUCAAUUCCGGAGGGUUCAUUGGUUCCGCGGCCAUCAUCAAUCGCAUCGUCCAGCUUUGGAAGUACAAGGAUGACGACGAUGACCAGCUCUUCUACACGCGCAUUUACUUGGAUCCUGCCUUGCGGGAGAAAUACGGAAUCACCCUGGAUCACAAGUCAAAAAUAUUUCAGAAUCUGAAUGGCGCCAUUGACGAGGUCGUUCUGAAGUUCGAGCCAACCCGGGUGCGUGCCCGAAAUGUCGCCUAUGACACCCUACCCGUUGUCAUCCACGGCAAUGGCCCCACCAAGCUGCAGCUGAAUUACUUGGGGAAUUACAUCCCCAAUGUCUGGACGUAUGAGGGCGGUUGUGAAGUGUGUGACCAAGGACUCCUGGACCUGUCUGGCUUGGCGGACGACUCCUACCCUAAUGUGCUGGUUGGCGUGUUCAUUGAGCAGCCAACUCCCUUCCUGCCUCAGUUUCUUCAGCGUCUCCUGACUUUCGAUUACCCGUACUCUCACCUCAGCCUCUUCAUCCACAACCGGGAGGUGUAUCAUGAGCCGCACAUCCAGGCUGAGUGGGAACAGCUUCGGGGGGCCUUCGACAGCAUCAAGCUUGUUGGGCCGGAAGAGGAAAUGAGUGAGGGUGAGGCCAGAGAUAUGGCCAUGGAUCUCUGCCGCCAGGACUCCGCCUGUGACUACUACUUUAGCCUGGAUGCUGACGUGGUCGUGGUGAACCCAGAAAUUCUGCAGAUUCUCAUCCAGGAGAACAAGAAGGUGAUCGCCCCCAUGAUGUCCCGUCACGGAAAGCUCUGGUCCAACUUCUGGGGAGCGCUGAGCCCCGACGGAUACUACGCCCGCUCCGAGGACUACGUUGAACUGGUGCAGGGCAAGAGGAUAGGGGUGUGGAAUGUCCCUUACAUCUCUCUGGCUUACCUGCUGAGGGGGGAGACGUUACGGCGUGAGCUGGUCCAGCACAACGUCUUCACUUUGGAUGACACGGACCCUGACAUGGCCUUCUGCAAAAGUGUGCGUGAGAAGGGUAUCUUUCUUCACAUCAGCAACCGGGAUGAGUUUGGGCGUCUCCUUUCCACCGUCGGCUUCAACACAUCCCGUCUGCAUCCAGAGCUGUGGCAGAUUAUAGAGAACCCCCUGGACUGGCAGGAGAAAUACAUCCAUGAGAAUUACUCGCAAGUGCUGGAGGGGGAACACUACAAGCAGCCGUGCCCUGACGUUUACUGGUUCCCGGUGUUCACCGACCAGAUGUGUGAUGAACUGGUGGAAGAGGCUGAACACUUUGGCCAGUGGUCCGGGGGGAAGCAUGAGGACACGCGACUGGCUGGCGGCUACGAGAACGUCCCGACUGUCGAUAUCCACAUGAAUCAAAUUGGCCUUGAGAAGGAGUGGCUUCGCUUCCUGCAGGACUACAUUGCACCCGUCACAGAGAAGCUCUAUCCUGGCUACUACACCAAGGCUCGGGCAAUCAUGAACUUCAUGGUCCGGUACCGUCCCGACGAGCAGCCCUUCCUCCGCCCUCACCACGAUUCGUCCACUUUUACCAUCAACGUUGCUCUCAACCAUAAAGGCGUCGACUACGAGGGAGGCGGCUGCCGGUUUAUCCGCUACAACUGCACCGUGGAAUCCCCCCGUAAGGGAUGGAGCCUGAUGCACCCCGGACGCCUCACUCACUACCACGAAGGAUUGCCCACAACCAGCGGCACCCGCUACAUCAUGGUCUCUUUUGUGGACCCCUAAUGCCAAUUUUGCCCCUCCUCGGUCCUGGGGUGUAGAACGGGCCGCCGUGGUCAAAGCACUGAAAGCCAGAGA